GCUUGUACAUCACAUUUCAAAUUCCACACCAAAAACAAUAACAUUUAAAACAUUUACGCUCUCUGUUCUCGAGCGAUAACAGCAGAUAAAACAUACAAAUGCGUUUAAUUAUUUAUUGAGAAACCUUUAUUCUGAUAAAGAAUGUAAAUAAGCAUUUUGUAAAUGAAUCGAUAACAACUAAUUUCCUUUAAAUUAUCGUAAUUGUGACACUUCUUGUAACAGUUACACAGUUGUAUUGGCGUAAUAUAUACUUUCAAAGUAUCUCCAUUUAAUAAAAAACAAGUAUGUAUCGAAAUAUGAAAUAUUAUACUUAUUGAGUAACAAAAUGUAAUAUUUAUAUUUUUGUCUGGUGUCUGUAGAUGAAUACAUCGAUAUUAAAAUUUGAAUAUCGGAAACAGAAAUUAACUCGGUUGAGUUAAUAAAAAUAAGAUUGUUUUUAAACAGGAUUCCUAGGAAAUACUAGUGCAAUAUUUUUUUCUCAUUAAUCCCUGGUUAUAGCGCUUCUGAUCAGCCUCUAAAGGUCCUUAAUACCAGUAAUGCGGCUGAGUGAGAGAAGCUGGGUGGGAUCUUCUAGAGUCCUGCUUUUCCUUUAACAAGUGGGGAGAAAGACUUGGCUCGGAAAUCUUGACUCCGGAGGUUUUUGGGUGCGCGAUGGACGAGUGCGCUGGGUAUACGUUCGCGGUUGACUGGUGGUCGCUGGGGGUGACCCUCUACGAAGUCCUGGCGAGGAGCAGGCCUUUCGACAUACACAGCGGCACCAGCAUACCCCACAUCAAGUCUCUCUUCGUCAGCCCCGUCCACUACCCUUCCAAGUGGAACAAGGAGGUCAUCCACCUCUUCAACAAGCUGCUGUGUACAGCUCCUGGGGCGAGGAUAAGCAGCCUUGCCGAACUGCGACAGGUCCCUGUCCUGAAGAAGGUGGACUUCGCCAUGGUCUUCGAAAAGCAGGUCCAACCUAACUUCAAUCCUCCGAGAGACCAUCUUAACUGUGAUCCUACUUUCGAACUGGAAGAGAUGAUUGUGGAAGCCAAACCUCUACACAAGAAAAAGAAGCGGCUAGCAAAACAGAGAUCUUUAAAGGGAUCAAGCAGUGUUGAAACUCCUGAAUCUGGGAUCGAGGGACAGCUGGCUGACUUUGUGCCAUAUAAUAGAGAAAAGGAGCUUAUGAAGAGGGAGAUGGAAAUAAAAGAGAAUGAAUGGGAGCAAGAAUUGAUCGAAGCGAUGAAUGCAUCCUGCACAGAGAGCAGUGGACAAGGACUCCAGGUGCCAAAGAACAGUGAACGCAGAAGGAGCUCAUGCAAACUGACCGUGUCCCAAACCAGUGUUCAAACAAGGCUGGCAGCCACGGUCUCUCGAGGACCGUCCAAUCAAAACAGUAGUUGUUCCUCUGCAGCCAACCUCCACAGUACUGACUCAGUCUUCUUGCCCAGAUCAGAAACCCCUCAAGAAGAAGCAAGACCUCUUCCAAAUGUCAUCAAUGUCCCCUCAAUACAGAUCUUUGACAAUGCGUGAAAUUAUUAUGUAAAUAUUGAAAACUGGUGUGCAUUUGUAUAUCAGGUAUAGUUAUUUUUAUAAUGAUGGCUAAGAAUAUGGUCUCUUUAUAUAUAUAUAAUAUACAUAUGGUCUGUUUAUGAAUAUUUCCAACACUAUUUUCUCAUUGUAAAGAUCUAGUCAUUUUUAUCUGAAUGCUUUCUAGUCAUUUUUCACUUACUUUUUGUUACAGUAUCUUCUAUUGGCACAUUCCAUUCACAACUGUUUAAUAUUUGUAUAGUCACAGUCAUUUUUUUAUUUAUGUAUAUAUAUUUUAUGAAAAUAAAUCCCAAUAAACUGUAUAGAAAUUUCUUUGAAGUUAUUUCCUUAUCUUGCCAUGUGACUCAAUAUUAGAUUUAAAUAAUAAAUUGUUUUGCAAGUGAAGAUGGCAAUCAUAAUUUCCUCAUGAAUGUUGUAUAUUUUUCUAUUUAUCACAUUCCUUUACAUUGUUUAAUGGUUCUGGAAAUGUUUUCCCAUCAUUAGAAACAUAUUCAUUAUUGUUAGAUCCUUUUCAUUUUUUGUUGUGUUCUGUUUGUCAUUUGUUUUUUUUUGUUUUUUUUAAUUUGUUUAUUACAUUUUUGUAAUUAAAUAUAUUCAGAGAAAACAUCUUGACCAACAAUGAAUGUGUUU